UAAUUCUUGUUCAUUUAUUGAUACAACAAUGUUGUUAUCGAAUAAUUCAAUGAUGACAAUUGAUGAUUAUGAUGAUGAUGAUAUUGAUUAUCAUUUACGACAACAAAAACAAUGGCUUGAUACAUCAAUGUCUAAUAUGUUAUUACAAACAUAUACGUAUUUAAGACAGCCAAAAAUUCUGCUUGAUUAUAAACGUAAUGUACAGGAAACAAUAACUCGUUGUCUUGCAAUGAUAAUGGAAGAAAAAUUUAAAAUAUUUCUUAUUGGUUCAUCAUUAACAUCAUUAGGUUCAAAUCGUUCAGAUAUUGAUCUUUGUAUGGUUAUUUAUGAUCGUUAUGGACAAGUUGAUGAACGUUAUCAAAAUCGUUUACAUGCUGAAUAUACAUUAGAUCGUAUACGUAAAAUAUUGGAACAUUGUGGCCUAGCAUAUGAUUCAAAAGUAAUUCGUGCAAAUGUACCGAUAUUAAAAUUUUAUGAUCAUAAUCAUAUUGAAGUGAAUUUAAAUCUAAAUAAAUUAGUUACCGUACAGAAUACAUUAUUAUUAAUGUAUUGUUGUUCAUUAGAUUCACGUGUUGCACCAUUUUUAUUUACAAUUAAAUUAUGGGCACAAAAAAAUGGUAUUAAUUGUGCAUAUUUUAAAUCAUUAUCAUCAUAUGCAUUAUCAUUAAUGUCAAUAUUUUUUUUGCAAAAUGUUUGUGAACCACCAAUCUUACCAUCAUUUGAUCAUAUUCUUGAAUUGAUAAAACAAUCAACAAAAAUUUAUUCAAAUUUUUAUUCAAAUUCAUCGAAUAAUAAAUUUAAUCGAAAUAAGCAAUCAUCAUCAACAACAUGGAAAAAUUGUCAAUCACAGGAUCCAGUUUUACGACAAUUAAAUGUUACAACAUCGGCUGAUUAUUAUUAUCUACAAAAACGUAAUAAUUAUCAUCAACAACGACAACAACAACAACAGAAUUUGAUUAUAUUACCACCACCACCGCCACCUACAAUGUUGCCAACAACGAUAAUACCAUCAUCAUCAUCAUCAUAUCAUCCUUUGAACAUUCCUCAUAUUAAUAAUAAUAAUAAUAAUAUAUCACGUGUUUCAUUGGUACCUGAUUUUAAUUAUCAUCAUCAACAUCAACAACAACAACAACAGAAUGGUCAAUGUUGUGCUUCACCAUCAUCAUUAUCAUCUAAUUGUUCAUCACCUUCUUCAAAUGAAAGUAGUUCUAGUCUUGAUUCUUCGGGUAAUGAAACAUCGACAUCAACAACAACAACAAGUGACAAUUCAAUAUCGAAUAAUGUUUUGGAACAAAAUUUAAAUGAUAAUAAUAAUGGAAAUAAACAACAACAACCAAUAACAAAAUCUAAUGAAAUUUGUAAUCUACAUUUUAGCCAUAAUGUUCCGGCUGCUAUUGCUAUGACCUUGGCAACACAACAACAGCAACAAAAUUGUUGUUUAAAACAAUUACAACAACAACAACAACAACAACACCAAUUAACAACAGCAAAUAUGAUGAAUGUUGAACAAAAAUCAAAGAAAAUUGCCGGAUUUCGGAAAUGGAAACAUCAACAACCGGUAGGAAAUCAACAACCACCAAUAGAUAAUGAUGGCAAAACAUUUACUGCUUCUGCUGCUGUUGAAGCAGAUAAUAAUACAAUCAUAUCAUCGUCGUCAUCAUCGUUACAUAUGAAUUAUUUUACAUUUUAUUAUUAUUAUUAUUUUCUACAGCAACAACAAUUUUUUCCUUCUUGUUCGACUAUGUUACCACCCCCACCACCGUUUGUUGAUCAUCAUCAUCAACAGCAACAAAUUCCUGAUGAUGAUGAUGAUGAUAAAGAGGAAGAAGAAGAAGAAGAAGUAGUGAAUGCAGAAGAAAAUGAUGAUAAUAAUCAUCGAAUAUCAACUGAAGAAUUAAUAUCACCAACAUUGGAUUCAUCAUAUCGUUCAUCACCUACAACAACUGGUGUUGGUACUGGAUUAUCAUCAUCAUCAUCCUCAUCCACUUCAUCAAGAUCAUCAUCAUCAUCAACUUCGGAUUCUGGAUUCUUUCAUAAUAAUAAUAAUAAUUAUCAUAAUGGUACAUUUGAUCGUACAUUAUAUGAUCGAUUAUCAUUAUUAAAUCUUUCACCACCAUCACCAUUAACACCGAAUGAUGAUUAUCAUCAUCAUUGUAAAUGUGAUUUUAGUUUAUCGAAUGAAAAUCUGCAACAAAAUUGUGCAAAUAUAUUUGGUGAUGAAUUGGAUUUAUUUAAUCAAACAAAUCAUGGUUUUUGUAUUGAUCCAUCAUUACAAUCAUUAUCAUCAUCAUCAUCAUCGUCGGCAUCGACAUCGUCUACAUCAUCAUCAUCACCGUUGAUGUUUAAAUCACCAAAUACACAAUCAAUGGGUGCAUUAUUUUCAAAAUUUAUUGAUUAUUAUUCUGAUCCGGCAAUAUAUAAUUAUGUUAUUUCAGUAAGAACUGGUUCAUUAAUGAAACGAACUGAUCCAAUAUUUGCACGUAAUUCACAUACAUCAAUGGAUACGUUUAUCUGUGUAGAAGAACCAUUUAAUCAUACAAAUACAUCACAUUCAGUACAUAAUGAUUUUAUGUUUAAUUUUAUAUUAAAAUCAUUUCGUUGGACAAAAGAUUUAUUACAAAAAAUGAAAAUGAAUUCGGAUGAUUUUGUUUGAAUCUUCGGUUGAAUCGAAUCCGGAUUGAUUGAAAAUCGUUGAUGCAGAUGAUGAUUAUCACCAAUAAACAAUAUCGAAAACCUCAAAAA